GUUCCCCAACAUCGGGAAAAAAGAUUUGGAUUCUCUGCAGAGCUCUCAAAAUCUUCGAGGUUUUUCAUUAGCUGAGUUUUUGGUUGAUCCUUGUUUCGAUCGUGCAACAGAAAUGGCGAUGAUACCAAGUUUCUUUGGCAACCGAGGGAGCAGCGUCUUCGAUCCUUUCUCUCUUGAUGUUUGGGAUCCGUUCAAGGACUUCUCUUUCCCUUCUUCCCUCGCGACAAGUUCCUCUGAAACCUCUGCUUUUGUGAACACUCGCAUCGACUGGAAGGAGACCCCUGAAGCUCACGUCUUCAAGGCUGAUCUUCCCGGGCUUAAGAAAGAGGAAGUGAAAGUUGAGGUUGAAGAUGAUAAGGUGCUUCAAAUCAGUGGUGAGAGGAAGAUAGAGAAGGAAGACAAGAAUGACACUUGGCACCGUGUGGAGAGGAGCAGUGGGAGCUUCUCGAGGAGGUUUAGGUUGCCGGAGAAUGUGAAGAUGGAUCAAGUCAAGGCUUCCAUGGAGAAUGGGGUUCUCACAGUCACUGUUCCAAAGGUGGAAGUGAAGAAACCUGAUGUUAAAGCCAUUGACAUUUCUGGUUAAAACUCGCAAAGGAUGGAUUGCGUCGGGUGGCCCCGGUGAGUACCCUUUAGUAACUGCAUCAAGAGCCGGGAAUGAUGGGGUUGGUGUUUCGGUGACUCCGAGAGCUGUUACAUAUGUGAUAACCGGAGGUUAACCUUUUCUUCCUGUAAUAUGUGUUUAAAUCGUGCUUUUAAGACUCAACUGUUAGAACUCAAUCUCAAGAUCUAUAUGUCGGCAAGGAAACAAGAACUGUUUGGAUUCUA